AUGGAGAGCGCGAAAUCUCCACCGCCUUCAACAGCACAGCUAUUCCAAGUAUUUCUAAGACUUCGCCCAUCAUCACCGCAAUCCUCGGUUUCGGAAACACGCUUCUUGACCUCGGCCCCGAGUCAAAAUUUUGUCUAUGUGACGCCUCCACAGGAGAGAAAUAGGUUUAGAGCUAUCGAAAAGUUCGGAUUCACGAGCAUCUUUGACGAGCUCUCAGAGCAGAAGGAUGUGUUUGUCGAGACGGUUAUGCCGUUGUUGCAGCAGGCGAUAAAUGGGCGGGAUGGAACACUGGCCACGUUGGGUGUUACCGGGAGUGGGAAGACACAUACAAUACUUGGCAGUAAGGAUCAGAAGGGUAUGACACAGAUGGCUCUGGAUGUGCUGUUCUCAAGUAUAGGGGAUAGAGUGGUGGAUUACGACAGAGUUGAUAUUAUGGGGAGCGAUCAUACGGAAGCUAUAUUAAUGGAUGCUGUUACCUUUCACGAAAGGAUGAAUAGUGCUUUAGUAAAGACCCCCACUAAGCGGCCCAAGCCAGGGAAUUUUUUAGCUCACAGGCUUCAGGAUGGACAUACAUCAAAACGCUCGUCGCUUGCCCACAUUUCCACUCCAAAGGCGCCUGAUGUCAGUGAUUUGUCGGUAGAUCUGGAUAGCAAAUCAAAAUAUGCUGUCCUUAUAUCAAUGUAUGAGCUAUACAAUGAUCGUAUAUUCGACUUGCUCGACGAUUUGAGUAUCAAUAAACAAAACCGUCGCAAAGCUCUGAUCUUUAAGAAGCCCUCGACAACUGCAGCUUGGGAUACCUCCAAGGAAUCUAAAAAGGUAGUAUCGGGCCUUCGCAAGGUUUAUACGAAAAACUUCCAGGAGGCACUCCAGAUAUUAGAACAUGGACAAGCCUCUCGCAGGGCCUCACCAACGCAUAGUAACUCAGUAAGCUCUCGCAGUCACGCCUUCCUCCAGGUAGAAGUCAAGAGGUUUUCUCCGAGAGGGAAUGAGAAGGGCGGAGCGAGCCUGCAUAUAGUUGAUCUUGCUGGUUCGGAACGCGCCCGUACUGCGAAGACUGCGGGGGAAAGGCUUGCCGAGGCGGGUUCUAUCAAUCGCUCCUUAAUGUGCUUGGGCCAGUGUUUGCAAUUACAAACGCAAGUCAGCGAUAACGGAAAACCAGCUGUGGUUCCAUGGCGCCAGUCGAAGCUCACUGAGUUGUUAUUCUCCAAUUCAUUUUCGGGCGCUGGGGGUGGGGGGCAGAGGGCCAGCAUGAUAGUCACCGCGGACGCCAUGGGUGACUUCAACGCUACGACGCAGAUACUGCGCUACUCCGCGCUGGCCAGAGAAGUGACAGUCCCCCGGGCAUCCAGCCGACAGAUCUCCGGAAUGUCCGACUCCAGCGCCGCUUCCUCCACUCUGGACGAACUAGCAGCAAUCCCAACCUCCGUCACCCAAGACGACAGCAAAGACAUCCUGAUAGCGCGCCUAAUAGCGCAGUUGGAAGAGACUGAAGCCCGCUGGCGCGACGCCGAGGAACGCUGCCUAUCAACCGAGCAGCAAGUGCGCGAAGAGGUAGCAGACGAGAUGGAAGAGCGCCUGGAAGAAUGGCGGGAAGGCUACGUCGAUGGGAAGCUGGAGAUUCUGCGUAAGGGCAUCAAAAUUCGCGAAGACACACCCCCGGGCGCAGCCGAGCGGAUACGGGAACUCGAGGGUGAGAAUGAGGCGCUGAGGAGGGAGUCGUUAGUGCUUAGACGGGAGGCGCUGGGGAGGAGUCCUUCCAAGGGCCGUAGUGGUGGGCGGGGGUUCCCGAGCCCCUUGAAAGGGAUGGAGAACUUGGAGAUUUAUUAGUUGGUUUGUGAGUUAGAACUUGUGGCUUUAUUCUGCCACAAUUACCGGUAUACCCCGUCUCCUUCUAUCUUCUUGGGUUCAGUAUGCUGUAGGGUAAUAUGUGGCGUCUCGGGAAGGAUAGCGUAUAUGGUGGUCUAGAUUCUUGCCAAAUUAGCCUUGUCUCUGUUUUUCACUUCUCUUGUUCACAAAGUUGAUAUCAUGCAUAGCACAAAAGUUUUUGAUUUUUUUUUUAAAAAAAAAAAAUCC